AUGUCCUUAGUCCAUGCAAAUCCUACAUGUUUUGAAUACAAGAAAGAUUACGUCCCCACUCAAAGUAACAGCGGCAAAGAGAAUGAGCCGAGCGACAAUCCAGCAGUUGAUACGGCACCAUUCUGUUCGAUGCUGUUCAUCGGUUUAGAAUUCGAAUAUAAAGAGAAGAACUCCAAAGUGGACCUUACGGGGAGUUUUAAAUAUUUCGCCGAACGUAUUACACAGCAUGCGGUAAAUAAAAAAAUGCUGAGAGAUGGGAUGAAUAUUGAAGUGAAACGCAUAAAACGAAAAUCCCUUUCGCAUUAUUUGGAUAUGGACUUCAUAAAGAGUCAGGGGAAUAUUAAGAAAUCUAUUUCAACCAAGCGUAAUGGAUUUGCGGCCGAUCUGUCAACUGAGAAAGAGGUGGCGACUAAAAAGCGGCGCUUGAGUUGAGACAACAUGAAAAACUCUAAU